CUCAGCAGCCCAGAUCCGGGGGCCCCCAGCCGCCGGCGGAGGGCGUGGGGGUUACAGCAUUGACCCCUCCCAGUCUCUUCCAACCUCGGUGCGGCGCUCGGCGACUUCGCCUCGCAGUCGGGCGUGGGCCGCGGCGACAGGGGUUGGCCACUGGAGUGCACGGCUGCGGAGGAGGAGACCCCGGCUCGAGUAAGUUUGAGAGAGCGCGACGCAGUCAGUCGGGGGAGCGGCAAGAUGCGGAGCGCGCCGUGCAGACCCGGAGCUCGCCCGGCGCCACUUCGUCCUGCCUGAGAGAGGGCGGCGGUUUCCGAAGCCCUCUCCAAGCCAAGGAAAAGCGACACAAAAAGCCUGGAUCUUUCACUGAACCGUCCUUGCAGCGAGUGAAGGCUCGCUCUGCCUCGCCCUCUAGCGUUCAUCUGGAGAAGCGCCACCCCCGGGUUCCUGGGGACACAGUGCAGCACCAUGGGGUCCACCAGCAUCCCGCUGGUCAAGGCCCUCCGCAACUCGGUCUCCGACUAUGUCAACUAUGAUAUCAUCGUCCGGCAUUACAACUACACGGGCAAGCUGAAUGCCAGCGCAGACAAGGAGAACGGCAUUAAACUGACCACGGUGGUGUUCAUUCUCAUCUGCUGCUUUAUCAUCCUGGAGAACAUCUUUGUCUUGCUGACGAUUUGGAAAACGAAGAAGUUCCACCGCCCCAUGUACUAUUUUAUCGGCAACCUAGCCCUCUCAGACCUGUUGGCCGGGGUGGCCUACACAGCCAACCUGCUCUUGUCUGGGGCCACCACCUACAAGCUCACCCCCGCCCAGUGGUUUCUGCGAGAAGGGAGUAUGUUUGUGGCCCUGUCCGCCUCCGUGUUCAGCCUCCUAGCCAUCGCCAUUGAGCGCUAUAUCACCAUGCUGAAGAUGAAACUCCACAAUGGGAGCAAUAGCUUCCGCUCCUUCCUGCUCAUCAGUGGCUGCUGGGUCAUCUCCCUCAUCCUGGGUGGCCUGCCCAUCAUGGGCUGGAACUGCAUCGGUGCGCUGUCCAGCUGCUCCACGGUGCUGCCGCUCUACCACAAGCACUAUAUCCUCUUCUGCACCACGGUCUUCACUCUGCUCCUGCUCUCCAUCGUCAUUCUGUACUGCAGGAUCUACUCCUUGGUCAGGACUCGAAGCCGCCGUCUGACCUUCCGCAAGAACAUUUCUAAGGCCAGCCGCAGUUCUGAGAAGUCGCUGGCGCUGCUCAAGACCGUGAUUAUCGUCCUGAGCGUCUUCAUCGCCUGCUGGGCACCCCUCUUCAUCCUGCUCCUUCUGGAUGUGGGCUGCAAGGUGAAGACCUGCGACAUCCUCUUCAGAACCGAGUACUUCCUGGUGUUGGCGGUGCUCAACUCCGGCACCAACCCCAUCAUUUACACUCUGACCAACAAGGAGAUGCGCCGGGCCUUCGUCCGGAUCAUGUCCUGCUGCAAGUGCCCCAGUGGAGACUCCACCGGCAAAUUCAAGCGACCCAUCAUCGCCGGCAUGGAAUUCAGCCGCAGUAAAUCAGACAACUCCUCCCACCCCCAGAAGGACGAUGGGGACAACCCAGAGACCAUUGUGUCUUCUGGAAACGUCAACUCCUCCUCCUAAGACUGAAGGCUGCCGACCCAUGGGAAGCGCUCUUCCAUGGUCGCCCACCACCCCCGCGUGUGGCCCUCGACUGCCGCCAGGGAGGAGCUGCCUGGAGCCAGAGAGAGGGAGUGGGGGGAAGCACGAACAGCCUGGUGGCGCUGGGUGUUGGUGGGUAGAGUUAGUUCCUGUGAACAAUGCACUGGGAAGGGUGGAGAUCAGGUCCCGGCCUGGAAUAUAUUUCCUCCUCACUGGAGCUUUGAUUUUGCACUGAGCCAAAGGUCUAGCAUUGUCAAGCUCCUGAAGGGUUCAUUUGGCCCCUCCUCAAAGACUAAUGUCCCCAUGUGAAAGCGUCUCUUUGUCUGGAGCUUUGAGAAGAUGUUUUCUUUCACUUUAGUUUCAAACCCAAGUGAGUACGUGCACUUCUCCUUCUCUAGGGAUGCUCUGCCUAUCCCACCCCACCUUCCUCUUCUCAUCCCUCCUCAAAAUUCUUUUACUUUAUAUUUUAACUACCUGGUAUUCUUCAGAACUGUAGCAGGUAGGCUGUGUUAGGUAGGUAGUCCAGGAGGAGACGGAGAUGGUUUAGAGAUGUGAAAGCAAUUUUAUUUGCUGAGGCCAAAGUUUCCACGUAAGCUGGAUCAGUUUUUGGAAUUUGAUUGAAGUCACUUUGAUUUUUUUUUUUUUUUUUUUAAAUCUUUAUAUCCAUGUGGUUGAGAUCUGCAUAAGGAAGUUCACUUUAUUUAAAUAUCAGCCGGAAUCCUUAGUGCUACAGAAGAAACAAACAAACAAGGUGAAAACUGAGUGGGGGUUAAUUUUUGUAAACCAAGGGAGAUUUCUUAAUGAAUUUCUCUAACAAAUACAAUAUCUGUCUUUGGCACUUUUGUUGAUGUUUAUUUCAGAGUAUUGUGUAAUUCAUUUCAACCAACAGGAUGGUUGAUUUUGUUGUGUUUAAAGUACUUUUCAUGAGUUUUGAAUGUAUUUGUUUCAGCAGAGGUCAUUUUUUUGGAUUUUUCUAACCUGUGUUAACACCAUUGAAUGUGUAUUUCUUAAGAAAAUAUCACCCUCUUGUACCCUUAAAAGCAUUACUUUAACUGAUAGGGAACCAGAAGUUUUUCAGUACAACUGUUCAUUAGAUAGUAACUGAAGAUGUGUAUAAAUGUUACAAAGAAUAAAAAUAUAUUACUGUCUCUUUAGUAUGGUUUUCAGUGCAAUUAAACCAAGAAAUGUCUUGUUUUUUUUUAAAGGUAGUAUUUAAUAGGUUUCUGACCUUUGUGGAUCAUUUUGCA